UUAAAAAAAAGAAAAAUUCAAGAAGGAGGCUGCUGAGAUGGGAAAAGGCUCCUUCAAGUAUGCCUGGGUCUUGGAUAAACUGAAAGCUGAACGUGAACAUGGUAUCACCAUUGAUAUCUCCCUGUGGAAAUUCGAGACCAGCAAGUAUUAUGUGACCAUCAUUGAUGCUCCAGGACACAGAGACUUUAUUAAAAACAUGAUUACAGGCACAUCCCAGGCUGACUGUGCUGCCCUGAUUGUUGCUGCUGGUGUUGGUGAAUUUGAAGCAGGUGUCUCCAAGAACGGGCAGACCCAUGAGCAUGCCCUUCUGCCUUACACACUGGGUGUAAAACAACUAAUUGUUGGUGUUAACAAAAUGGAUUCCACUGAUCCACCCUACAGCCAGAAGAGAUACGAGGAAAUUGUUAAGGAAGUCAGCACCUACGUUAAGAAAAUUGGCUACAACCCCGACACAGUAGCAUUUGUGCCAAUUUCUGGUUGGAAUGGCGAUAGCAUGCUGGAGUCAAGUGCUAACAUGCCUUGGUUCAAGGGAUGGAAAGUCACCCGUAAAGAUGGGAAUGCCAGUGGAACCACACUGCUUGAAGCUCUGAAUUGCAUUCUGCCACCAACUCAGCCAACUGACAAGCCCUUGCGUCUCCCUCUCCAGGACAUCUACAAAAUUGAUGGUAUUGGUACUGUCCCUGUGGGCCGAGUGGAGACUGGUGUUCUUAAACCUGGCAUGGUGGUUACCUUUGCACCAGUCAAUGUUACAACUGAAGUCAAGACCAUUGAAAUGCACCAUGAAGCUUUGAGUGAGGCUCUUCCUUGGGACAAUGUGGGCUUCAAUGUCAAGAACAUAUCUGUCAAAGAUGUUUGUCGUGGCAAUGUGGCUGGUGACAGCCAAAAUGACUCACCCAUGGAAGCAGCUGGCUUCACAGCUCAGGUGAUUAUCCUGAACCAUCCAGGCCAAAUUAGUGCUGGAUAUGCACCUGUUCUGGAUUGUCACACAGCUCACAUUGCUUGCAAGUUUGCUGAGCUGAAGGAGAAGAUAGAUUGUUGUUCUGGAAAAAAGCUGGAAGAUGGUCCCAAGUUCUUGAAAUAUGGUGAUGCUGCCAUUGUUGAUAUGGUUCCUGGAAAGCCUAUGUGUGUUGAGAGCUUCUCUGACUCUCCUCCUCUGGGCCGUUUUGCUGUUCGUGACAUGAGACAGACAGUUGCUGUGGGUGUCAUCAAAGCAGUGGACAAGAAGGCAGCUGGGGCUGGCAAGGUCACAAGUCUGCCCAGAAAGCUCAAAGGCUAA